AGAUCGACAUCACCUCUGAACAAUUUAAGGAGACGUGGAUGCCCUCACUCCCCAUAGGGAAAUAGUACUUGAUGCCUUAACUGGGGCGCAUGCUGCGGGGGACCCGAGACCGGAAGGAUCAGUUGGAAAGAAGUAAAAGAAAACUAGGCGAUCCCAGAAGAAAAAGGCAUUGAAACCUAACGGAAAGGCAAUCAUGGAGGAUGAUCUAUCACAGGAGGACGAGGAAGAUGAAUCCUCAUCGUAUGAGCAUCUCUAUGCCUUUGAACGAUUAGGAGACCCCAAGUUGAAGAAGCGCCGAGUCUCUUCGUUUGACCAGUUGGAGGAUAGACGGUUAUCCCGAAAGAUGGACCUUAGGCUGAAUAUCAACGAGCGGCGAGAGGAAUCCCCAGCGAUAUCCCAGGCCCGAUCACAAGAGAAGAAGAAGACGGCCUCUGAAAAUGAGGUGGACGACCUACCGGAAAUGGUGAGGGAACUGAAGAAAAGGGUGGACGCUAAAAAUCCCUACUGCUCGGAGAUUCUGGAUGAAAAAGGGGAGAGGCUCCAAACUUUUAUAUCUCGCUGGGAGAAGGAGGCAAGGGAUGUCCAGGGGGCGGACGACCAAGCCCUCAUUGCAAUGCUCCAGGUGGCACUCGCCCAAGGGAAUGUGUGCAAGGGAGAACCACACAAGAGCAAGAAGGUUGCUCCAGAAACCAGGGAAGCUAGGGAGAAGAAGAGAAAGGAUUGUGCAAAGGUCUCGUAUCCAACUGGGUAUCAGGCAUCCAGGCCGCCAAUUCACGUUGUUCAAAAGCUCCCUCAUCCUCUCACUUUUGUGAAAGCUACGACGUCCAAACUGCGCCUAAAUACUGUGAAUAUCAUCGUAAUAGCUAGCACCCACAAUAUUGCGAAUUGCAAUACGCUGAAGAAGGAGAUGAACCAGCCGAUUGCCCGUGGGCUGGCACCAAAAGGAGACCGACCGGCCCUAAGAGCUCCAACAUGAAAAAGGUUGACCGUUGUAGCGGCGGCAAUCACAAAUGAGGAUGACCAUGAUGAAAGAAGGAGGCAUCUAGGGAGAGAAUGUGACAACCUUGAUGAAGAUGAGAGACAGAACUGAUGACAUUUGAGAUAUCAUUUCAUCAUGGACGGAAACACGGGAAGAGAUUCCGCAUCCACCAGAAAGAAAUGGAAGAAUAUGGU